AUGAGCCCACCUAGCCUAUCAGCGGCGGGCGACCUCGACGUCCACGGUGACAUGGCAUCAACGCCUCCACCACCGUCAUCAACGUCGUACCAUACCAACGACGUCGCCUCCACUACCUCCGUCACGCUCACUAAAGAGCAAUUCGACGAGCUGAUCAGGAACCAGCGCCCCGCACGGGACGACGACGCAUUCUCCAUGCGUCAGCGCCUACCCCCAGCCAACCCUCCGGUCUUCCCCGACGACUCGAAACUUACGGAGGACAAUUACGUUGACUGGGUCCCCACGAUGCCGCCAUGCCCGCCCUCUUGGGCUGGAUUCAACGCUCGGACGAAUCGAGCGACGGUCCCCGUUGCGAAGGCGGUCGUACCGACCAAACGCUCUGCACCAGGCAAGAAGGGAAAAUGGGAUCGUUCUGGUCCUGCCCCGAGCAACUGCCCAGCUUGUGGUCAAGGCAAACACUGGCUCGACAAGUGUCCGGAAUCGCGCAAGCGAGCCAAGUACCUCGAGCUCAAGAACGCCAUGAAGGAACUCCAAGGCUCAUCAUCGCCUGCGUCCACGUUCGUGGCCACCGAGGCAGCAUCCAAGGAUCAACACCUGUCCGUCGUUUCUUCUGCUACGUUUGUCAACAUCGGGCCACCGGCGGAAAUCCUUCUGCUAGACUCGGCGUCGGUGUGCCACGUCGUCAACGAUGCGUCCUUCUUUGACGGCCCCCUUUCGCCUACCCCGCAAGUCCUGCAAGGUCUAGGGGGAACGGUGAAGGCCUCGGGAAUCGGCUCGGUCAAGCUCGUCUCCGAUAAUGGUACCAGGUUCACCCUCAACGACGUGAUCUACGCCCCCGAGAGCCCUGCCAACCUCAUCUCAGUCCGGGCCUUCGACCGCAAAGGCGUUCGCAUCACCUUCGAACACGGACAAGUCGAGCUCCGCACGCCGCAAGGGUGCAUCGCCACAGCAUCAGCCAUCGCGUCCUGCGUUUACAAACUCAACGCUUCGGUCCAAGCUGCCAGCAAAGAUGCGCGACACACCCUCGUUGCCACCAAGUCCAAUAGGCUACCUUUACUUACCCUUCACCGGCGCUACGGCCACGCCUCUGUCCAGACACUUAAAAAACUGGCGGCCUCUGGCCAGGUGGAGGGUUUAGAUUGGCCCUAUAGUGACUUCGAGUGUGAUGGCUUCACCUGCAACGCGUGCCUUGCCUCCAAAGCGCAUCGUUUGCCUUUCCCCUCUUCGUCGUCGCAUGCCGCGGAACCACUCGCAUUGGUGCACUCGGACGUCUUAUCUUUCCCCGAGGAAUCCUUAGGCCAUAAGCGAUACCUCGUCACGUUCAUCGACGACUUCUCGAGGAAGACUUGGGUUUACCCUAUCGGGCACAAGAGCGAGGUCCUUCAGACAUUCAAGGAUUGGCUUCUGGAGAUCGAAAACGCCACGGGUCGCAGGGUCAAAACACUUCGCUCGGACAACGGGGGCGAGUAUGUCUCUACCGCUUUCAACGGCUAUUGCGUGGCCCGCGGAAUUCAUCGCGAAUUGACCAUACCGUACACACCCGAGCCAAACGGUCGGGCUGAGCGAGCCAACCGGUCGAUCGUCGAGGGCACCCUGGCUCUACUGUCUCACUUGGGACUCCCACGAUCGUGCUGGGACGAGGCUGCCAUGUGUUACAUUCACGCCAAGAACCUCUCGCCUCACGCGGCCCUUGGUGGAGCCAUCCCAAACAGUCGUUGGUCGGGCCACACACCAAGCGUAGGGGGUCUUCGGGCAUUCGGUUGUCGCGCUUGGACCACCGUGCCGGCUCACCGACGGGACAAGCUUGACCCAAAAGGGAUUCCUCUGGUCUUCGUCGGGUACGAUCGACACGCGAAAGCCUACCGUCUUCUCGAUCCUUUCUCCAUGCGUGUGAGUCUGGGCCGCAAUGUGACGUUCGUAGAAACCGAGUUCCCCUUCGCUAUCGCGCCCACCCGAGUGACGCAGCCGUCCAUCCCGGGUUACGCCCCCCAGCCCCCACCCGUCGAAGCUCCAACACCCGUCGAGCCUCCCCCACGGCCACCGGCCCCAACGCCUGUCGAGGCACCCGCGUCGCCCGCAUCGACCAGCUCGGCCGACAACGACGACGCCUCAUCGACCACGAGCGCAACGACGGAGUCAGCCGUGAACCUGCCGCAACCACCUCCGGAUCCAGCUCCACUCGCCAAAGUCAAGCCGAGUUGGGAGUACGGCGACGUCGCCAAGGUUGGUCCCGAUCCAGGGAAGUACGGUGAAGUCGACGCUCGAAACAUCAUUGAUGGCCCCCGGACUCGCCGCCAACCCGUUCCCACCAUGAUCACGCGGGAACAGCCAGUCGACGGCACCGACGGACCCACCGCCUCUUUCAAGAGCCUGCUCCUUGCCUUCGCAUCCACCAAGGCCGGCUUCGCAGAUCAUGACUUGUCGGUUGUUCGCGAUCCGGCAAAUUGGGGCGACGUCAUCCGAUCGGGACAAGAGGACGUUUGGGGCGCUCCGGCACAGGAUGAAUUCGAUUCGCUUCUGAACGAUUACGAGGUCUUUCAAAUCGUCGAAUCCUGUGAGCUCCCAGCGGGUGAGAUCCUCCUGCGGUCGGGCUGGGUGUUCCGGACUAAACGCAACCAGCAUGGCGACAUCACCGAUCACAAGGCCCGACUUGUUGCUCACGGAUGUGCCCAACGCCCUGGCCUUGACUUCGAGAAGACCUACGCCCCUGUCGUCAAAUUCACGUCCAUUCGAGCCCUCAUCGCACUCGCCGCGGCCAACGGCUAUCACGUCCAUCAGGCCGACGUCAACAAGGCGUAUUUACACGGCAAACUUGACAAGCCUCUCUACAUGCGCGUCCCUCAGGGCAUAAACCUGCCAGGCAAGAUCCUCAAGCUGUCCAAAUCCAUCUACGGCCUUCGCCAGGCCGGCACCAUCUGGAAUGCUGAGAUCGACUCGACUCUGCGGUCCCUCGGAUACGUCCCCACCAGGUCUGACAUCUGUAUCUACCGCCGCGAACACGACGGGCACUCACACUAUAUUGCCUUGUACGUCGACAACUUGCUUUUGGUUGGUCCCUCUACCGCCGAAAUCGAGCGGGUGCUGGACGCGCUGGAACUCGCAUACGGCAUCAAACGUCUCGGACCUGCCGAAUAUAUUCUAGGCAUCCAAGUCAAACGUGGACAAGACGGCUCUAUCACGCUCUCACAAGAGCGCUACCUUCGGGACGUCCUUGCCAGGUUCCAAUUCACCGAUGCCAAGCCGGCAAGUAUUCCAAUGCAGCCAGGUGUCGUCCUUGACUUCGAGGACUUGGCGGCCACUCCUCAGGAUCGUACGCGCUACUUGCAGGCCAUCGGUUCGUUGAUGUACGCCGCAGUUGGAACUCGUCCGGACCUCGCCUUCGUGGUCAGCUACCUCGCUCGCUUCUCCCAGCAGCCUGGCCCGGAGCAUUGGACAGCCAUCAAGCAGGUCCUCCGUUACAUCAAAGGCACGCUGGACUUGGGCCUCACCUAUCGCAAGACCAGCCAACCACUCCGUGGCUACUCGGAUGCGAACUGGGGAGCCUGUCUAACGACCUCACGAUCGACCAUGGGCUACGCGUUCAUCUUGUCCGGAGCCGCUAUUGCUUGGUGCUCCAAACGCGAGCACAGGGUGGCCAAGUCCACUACCGACGCAGAGUACCUCUCUCUUUCGUACACAAGCGGUGAUGCCAUCCACCUGAGCGAACUCCUGGCUGAACUUGGCGCUCCGGUCUCCGGUCCAGUCGUACUCUACGGGGACAACCAAGGUUCGCUGGCUCUUGCGCAGCACCCGACCAACCAUCAGGGGUCUCGUCAUGUUCGCAUCUCGGAACAUUACGUCCGCGAGAGGGUAGCUGAGAAGGAGAUCGAGGUCCGCUACAUCGCCACCGGCGACAUGAUUGCCGAUAUUUUCACCAAAGCCUUGGGUCCCAAGCCGUUCAUCUUCCAUCGGGAGAAUUUGGGUUUGCGAGGUGCAGUGGUAUGACAGCACGGGGGGGUGUCAAUAUAUUGCUGUUUCAUCCCACUGGUAUUCCCGAUUAUGAUUAGUUACUAGUUGUUGAUAUUAGUCGCCCCGCGCGUCUCGAGCCUGCCUCGCGCGCGCUCCCUUAGCGCUUAUCUUCUUUCUCCAACUAUCUUUACUAUCUUCAUCGGCUCUCGUACUUACGCACUUCGUGCCUCGGCCUCAGUUCCUGAAAGAGCCGGCCUGCCUUUGAGGAGAUGUUUGCAGGAAAUGGAGGCGCAAGACACCCCAAUGGCACUGUCACAUUGCCGUGUUUUCUGGUGA